CACAAAUUUCAUUUCAAUCAACUGAACUCAGCUGGGACAUCAACCGCACAACCGAAGAUCACAAAAGCUUAGCUCUGGCAACUACCAACCACGAAAUUCACCAACGGGUAUCUAGCGCAUGCACAAACCUAAAAGAUCAACAGCGCCGCAUGCCUAAAGCUUAGCAGCUCAGCAUGGCCUCCACAGCAACGACAAUGUCGCAAAGCAAAGACACAAACCCAACAGCAGCAACGGACGAUGAUUACGUAACCGUUGUUGAAGUCGACGAUCCCACAUCGUCCACCAAAGACACAAACCAUUUGAAGAAGCUAGUCAAACGGCAAAGUUCCGUCGCCGAAGACUCCUCAUUUAUUACCGUGCUGACGAUCAACGAACAGCAACAGUUGCUGCAACAGCAACAGCAACAGCAACAACAACAGCAGCAACAGAUUCAAUCAGAAACAGAUGAGGCGGAGCAUGUAACCGUCUAUCGUUUGCCAGGCGAACGCCUAGGCUUUGGCCUUAAAUUUCAGGGCGGCACCCGCAACACGGAACUGGUGCAGAAGCUAUUCAUACAAUCAUGCGCCGCCGACAGUCCCGCCGCCAAGGUGGCCACCAGUUGGGGCCAUUUGCGCGAGGGCGACGAAAUCCAAAGCAUCGAUGGCCAUCAGGUCUCGCAAAUGACGCGCAUCGAGUGCGUGCGCUGCCUCAAGGACAGCGUGGCCAUACAUCUGGUGGUGCGCAACGGCCACGGCCAGAAGCCGCCCAGCGAGGAUGAGCAUCAAUCGGAGGUGUCCAUUUCACUCAAUGCCCAGCCACCGCCGCCGCCGCCAGUGCCGCCACGCAAGCUGGUGAAGCGACAGAACUCCAAGGAGGGGCCGGCCUCAGUGCAGCUUGUGGUGGAGAAGCCGCUGACACCGCCGCCGGAUGCCGAGUACUACAUCAAUCUGUUUGCCGAGUCCCUGAAAGCGGGCUCUGAGUCCGAUGACACGGCGAGCACCAUAUCCACCGUCAUCGAUAAGCUCUCCAUGGGCUCCAAUUACUCAUCGGACACCGAGUUGACCAGCAGCCUGAACGGGCCCGAGCUGGCCAAGCUGGUGCAGCCGUUCACCCUGCUCGAGGAGGAGUUCCAGCUGGAGCAAACGUUGAGUCAGCCCAAGCUAAUCAUACCGGGCAAUAAUUACGAGAACAUUGAAUUCAAGACCGAGAAAGUCAAUGACUACGAAAAUGUGGAGCUGAAGAGUCCGCUGAGCACGCCAACGCCCAAGCCGCGCGUGCUGCUGGCCACUGUGGAGCCCAAGAAGCGCUCCAUUAUACCGAUGCCGCGCAAGAUCGCCACGCCCAGCAAGCUGCCCAUCGAGGUGUCGCCGCCUCGUAUACCCACAGACACGCCCACAACGCCCACCACUGAGCCGGUGAAGGAGAUCAAGAAAGAUCAAACGAAGAUACCCAAGGCCAAGCUCGCGAGCUCCAUAGUCAGUCCGGGCUUCUCGCGCGCCAAGACCGAGGGCGAGAUCAAGCUGCAUCUGCAGCCCGUUAAGCAACAGUCGCCGCAGCUCAAAUCGCGCAUACCCAUUGUCACAACACCCGUGCAGAAAUCCCCGCCAGCUAACAAAUCGAUGACAGCAUCAAUGGUCGCCCUGUCGCCGACGUCGCCUCUGGCUGUCAACUCCAACAUUCCUCGCCUGCUGCAGAAGCAAAAGUCGGAAACAGACCUGAAGCUGGGCUUCUAUCGCAGCAAGUCCAAGGACAUGAGUCCCGGCCCAGGACAUCUGCGUGCCCCGCUGCAGCGGGCCAACUCUGCAGAGGCGCCGGCACGCACCACACCUGAGCGCACGUUUAUACCUGUUCUGCUCAACAGUGGCACGCGGAGCAGCUCUAACUCCACAGAGUCGCUGAGCUCGAUCUGCAGCAAUGGCAGCACUGGUCGCUCCCCGAAGGGACCCAAGCCGAAGCCUCCCGAGCGCGUUCAGUCGCUGCAGAAGACGCAAAUCCCCAAGCUGCAGUCGCUGCCAACGACGCCGCCGCAGCAGCAGCCGAAGCUGAGCAUGCAGACCUUCAGGCAGUCCACCAACGGCACACCGCCUGCCACGCCCAUGAACACGCCGUCACCCACGAGCAAUCGUGAGAUACGCUUCAAGAUCCAAACGUACGAGAGCAAGACUCAGGAAGAGGACAAGCUGCCCAGCCUGUUCGAUCUGGUGCACAAGCAGGAGGCAGUCGAAAAGCCGGACACGUCGCCUAAGCCCCAGCGCGACAUUGCAGCCCUUUUGGCAGCAGCAGCUGCCGAGGCGGCUGAUCUGGCCAGAGAAUCCCCGCCGCCGUUGGUCGUGGGCAAGUGCACAAAAAUUGUGGACGACACUCAAAGCACAACAUGCUAUUCGAGCUCCAGCAGCGACGAGGAUGAGGGCGACCAGGAUGACGUGGAUGCCGCUGAGCGCGAGUAUAUCUGUGAAGAUGGCGAGAAACUGGGUCCCCCCGAAUUGAUCAAUGGACCAGGACCCUCCGAGGCAUACUUUAAUAUGUAUUGGCAUUCGAAUAUGUUGCCAACCAUUGGAGAGGUGGAGGAAGAGUUCUCCUCCUUGGAGCCGCAAUCCUUGACAAAUGGCCAUCCGAGUGCGAUUGCCGAGGAGCUAAAGAAGUUGCCGCAUUACGUAGCGCCAGCAAAGGCAACAGCCAAAAUGGAGGCCCCAGUGGAGCAGACGCCAGCGGAGCUGGGUCAAGUCCAGCACAAUGAUAAGAUUGCUGUGCACGAGAAAGCAGCUGACGAUAAGGCCACCGAGCAGUGUGUGGAAAGUAGCACCGCUAGCACCGCCAAGAGCACCACCAGCAGCACGGAGGAAACCAGCGAAAGCCUUAGCAGCAGCAGCAGCAGCAGCACCAGCAGCCAGAAGAGCAAGACCCAACGCACAAUAACCACCAAAGUGGUAACCACCAAGAAGACGAGCAGCACCACUAGCAGCAGCUCCGCCAAUGUCUUUACGAGUCCUCUGGCGGACAUUUCCUUCAAGCUGCAGCCGUAUGAGGAGCGGGAGGAGACGCAGCCGGCUAUAACGACAGUCAUACACGAAGAGCGUCGCGUGGUUAGCGAGCAGCAAACGCUGAGCGAGCUGAGGACCAAGGAUGCGCUGACUGGUGAGGAGCAGCUGUUGACCAGCGCCGAGUCGAAAUCGAGUAGUGCGCGCUUCAAGAAAAUCAGCAGCAACGAGAAUCUGCUCGACCUGGCCGAUGUCGAGCAGCUGCAGCCGUUGACUGCCACCGUCUCGGCGGAGACGUGUCUAAAGGAGCGCCUGGACAAUCCACAGGAUAAACAGAGUAUUGAAACGGGUAUUUUGACCUUAUCCGAAUGUGGCAAGCAGCUGCAGCUGUCCGAGAACGGCGGCCUCAGCAGCUACAUCGAGUGCGAGCAGACCGAGCAGCAGAGCUACCUGGAGGGCCAGCAGCUGCUGAACGAUCUGCCCGUCGACACGGAGGCGCAGCCGACGCUCGAGCGCGAGUUCAGCGAGACGCUCACGGUCAGCAAGGAUGGCGAGAAGCAGGUGACCAAGCGGCUGGAGCAAAGCAAAGACACGCCCAGCAAGAAGGGCGCCAAGCUGCUGAAGAAGACGGACGAAGAGCGCCGCCUGGAGCAGGAGGCACAGAAGAUCAUUGAGAGCUAUCAGAAAGUCAAGAAGGAGACGGAGAAACUGUACAAUCUGCAGUUGGCGGAUGAUGAGCAGGGCUUUGACCUGAGCGCCUUUGAGCAGGUGGAGCCACAGGCCGAGCCCAGGGCUGAGCAGCCAGUGGAGAGGGUCGAGCAGCAGCUAGAGGUGCAGGCGGCAGAGUCAGUGAAACCCCAGGCAGAGCUGUUGAUGGAGUUUGCACUGAAGCAGGAGACUAAGGCACCAGUGGAGCAGCUGGUUGAGCAGCAAAUCGAUGCACCAGCUGCCGAGCUGCGGGUUGAAAUCCCACUUGUUAAGGAGAUCAAGACUCCAGUGGAGCAACAAGUCAAGAGUCCUGACCAGCAGUUGGUCGAGAUUCCUGUCGAGCAGCAGAUCGCAGCUGAGAGACCAAGCAAAGCUCCUGUCGAACAACCAGCCAAGGCAACAGUUGAAGUCGAGACUCCCAUUGAGCAAUCAGCCAAGACUACAGUCGAGCUACAAGUCAAGAUUCCCAUCGAGCCACAAGUCAAGUCUACCGACGAGCAGCCGAAGCUAAGCGAAACCAUAAAGCAACCAACCGCCAUUGAGGAUGAUCUGGGUUAUGUGCUGCACAAGAACAUCAUCGAUGCACCAGCACCAAAGCCAGCAGCACUGCCCAAAGCAGCAACGCCUAAGGUGGCGCCCAAGCCAGUGGCAGUGCCAGUGGCCAAGCCGAAGCCGCCAGUGCCCAGCAGCAAGCCCAAGAUGACGCCGGCUGUGGUGAAGCCGAAGACGGCGCCACCGCCAGUGCCCAGCAAGCGGAGUGAAGUGGGUUUGAGUGGCAAGCCAAAGCCGACACAGCGACGCAGCAGCCUCGAGCCGCCGCCCAAGCCGCUCGAGCGCAUCAUUGUGGGCGUGGAGCAGGCCAAGCAGAGCAGCCCAAUUAUCAAUUUGGCCAGCGUGGAUUUGCCCAAUGAGCCGCCCAAGGCUGUCAAUGAGAAUCUGGUCGCCCAAGCCGUUGACCUGCUGCACGAUGAUCUGCACUUUGAGAGCCAUCAGCUGCCGAAUGCAGAGAAGCAGCGCGAGGUUGUGGGCCAGAGUGGGGAGUCCCUGACCGAACCCACUGGCAAUGUGCUCAGUGCCAGCUCAUCGAUGACAUCAACAGCAUCGUCGUCGUCGUCGUCGGUUGCUACGCCCAUAACAACGCCAAUUUUGGUAUCGGCGACGUCAUCGCUAGAUUCGGUCAAAAGUGUCAUCGAGGUCAUCAAUGGGCAUGCCAGCGACAGGGACGAGCACAGCGAGAGCAGCGACAAUAGACCAAACGGAGACAACGCACAGCAUGUGGAGCACGAUGUGUCAACAACGUUGACGCUCGACAGUGAACACGAAACAGAUCUUGGUACCCUUAACAGCCACAACCACAACAGCAACAACAACAACAGCAUCGGCACAGUUAACAUCACAGCAGCAGCAACAGCAACGGCAACUGGCGGCAAGAAGCCUCUACUGGCCACAGCAGCAGCGACAAAGGCUUCCACUUCCACUUUGACUUCGACGGCCUCGUCCGCAUCCAAUUCGUGCCCAACGCUCGGACCGAGCUUGCAGCCCAAGCAUAACAACAACAACAAAAUGGAGCUGCUGAGCAGCCCAGCAAUAGCAGCAACAACCACAGCAACAACAGCAACAGCCACGAAGCAGCUGCUGGUGCAGGACUACCUGAGCUACGCAUCUCCACCGACCUACUCCCGACUGCCGCCCGAUGGCCACGAGUUUCCGCCCAACUUCAGUGAGCCGCUCGUAAUGCAUCCCAAGCUGAGCUUUGAGCACAACAACAACAACGACAGCAAAUUGGACGCCGCACCGCCGCUACCCAAGACGGGACCGCCGCCGACGGUGCCGCGUAAGAUGUAUCGCCAGGAUUUGGUCAUCAAUAUGGAGGAUGCGCGUCCGACAGCACGCGCCACAGAGAGUGCGACCACAGCGCCAUCUGGCGGCGGUGGCGUGCGCGACUAUCAACGUUCCUUGAGCGCCAGUGCGCCGCGCAAGCCCAGCGACUGGCGCAAAGACGAAAAGUCCGAGAAGUCGGUGCGCGACAAAAUAGCCAUGUUCUCAUCCAGCAACGAGCUGGACGCCAUUGCGCCAGCUCCAGCUCUAGCCUCAGCCUCAGCCAGUUCCAGUUCCAGUUCCGGUUCCACGUUCUCUCGCAAGCCACUGAACAUGAGCAGCGAGAAUUUGCUGGAGGCGGCCUCCUCGACGCCGGCGCCGUCCUUGAAGACGCGCGCCAUGAGCGUGGAGAACCUGAACGAUGCACAGCGUCAGUACCAGCUGGCCAAGCAGCUGCCGCAGCUGCAUGUGGCCGACUCCAUGUACUCGCUGCACACCAGCAGCUACAACUACAGCUAUGCAUCCUUGCCACGUCGCACGCAUGGCGGCAGCAGCAGCAGCAUCACCUCCUCGGCUGUGGAGCGUCGCAUCAGCUUCUCGGGCGAGGGCGAUGCGGCCACGCGGAAGGCGGCCAUUACCAACAUAUUGGAGCAGCGGCGCCGCAGCUUGUCCAAGCUGCGCGGCCUAGUCAUACCGGAGCGGCCGCAGCUGCUGGAGCCCAUACUGGAUCUGCCCGAGAUCAAGAGUCAGGUGAAGGCGGCGAGUGGGGAGGACUCGACGGACAGCGGCCUGGGCGAGAUGCGUCCGCUGCGGCACGCCAGCAACAGCACCACUAGCAGCAGCAACACUAGCAACAGCAACAGCAACAGCAACAGCAACAUGAAUGGCAGCAGCUAUCGCAGCUUCUUUACGGCCACACAGCGUCGCCCCUUGGAGACACAGCUCUCGCAGCCGCCGGCCAAGCCGCCGAGGACAUCGCUAGCUAGCGCUUCGAGCCUGCCCAGCCGGCCAGCCCCGCAACAGCAACAGCUGCAGCAGCAGCAGCAGCAGCAACAGCAACAGUUGCCGCUGCAACAGAGCUUCCUCGCCGAUCAGGAGAGCGACACAGAUUCCGUAUUCUCCAGUACGGCACGCGUGCCCACGCCGCCGGAGAAGUUCGCGCUGACGCGCACGCUCAGCUCGGAGACAAACACGUCGAUAGCCAGCUCCAACACCUCCACCUUGACGUCGGGCUCCUCGGCCGGCUCGCAGGCCAGCUGCAGCUCGCUGGGCAGCACGCCCACCGUGGAUCUCACCAGGCGCGUGCUCAAGUGUCAGCUGAACGGCAGCGCCAAUGCCAACGGCAAUGGCAACGAUGCCAACAGCAACCGCAAGAGCAUCCUGGCCUCGGCCAAGUGCCGCAGCGCCAAGAGUCGCGGGCAGGAGAACUUCAAUGACAACGACAACGACAGCACCGACGGUGAGGCCUGCGUCCUGAACGGGCGUCGGCUCAAGUCCAGCUACAAGCAACAGCAGCAGCAGCAGCAGCAGCAUCAACUGUUAUCCAAGCAGCUGGUCGUGGACAAGCUGAUCAAUGUGGCUGCCUAUGUGGAGCUCACCUCGGAUACGGACGACAGCAGCCGGCGCUCGGAUACGCCGGCCAAGAUCAGUGCCAUGUUCAUCGAUGAGGAGCGCAAGGCCAGCUUCAAGGCCGAUCCCGUGCAGCAGGCCAAGCUGCGCGUGGUGCAGGCCAAGCCUGUGAUUUGCCCCGUGCCGCAGCGCACGCAGACGCCAAAGCUGGGCCUGGGCUGUGCCAACAAGUCGCAGACCACGGCUGAGCUGCGCGAGAAGUUUGAGCGCAACGCGGCGGCGGCUGCAGCAGCUGCCACGCCCCCAGUUCCAUUGCCCGUGCACAAGGCAAUCACGAGCGUCGCCCUGGCCAACGCGAAGCCGCAUCAUGAGCGCUUCAGCUCGCUGGACUCGCUGGCCUCCAGCUCCUCGGGCGUCAGCUCCACCACACAGAACGUGAGCACCACCCAAGAGACGGCCACGGAGUUCGGCAGCUUCUCAUCGUUGGGCAGCAACCAGAGUUUGAUCACGGCACAGGACGUGCAGCAGAUUGUCGAGGAGGCCGAUCCGCCACUGAAGACACCGGAAGCCUUCAUCAUAGUCCUGCAGCGGGACACGCCAGAGAGCAGCAUUGGCAUCACACUGGCCGGUGGCUCCGACUAUGAGGCUAAGGAAAUAACCAUCCACAAGAUACUGAGCAACACGCCCGCUGCCAAGGACGGACGCCUGAAGAAGGGCGAUCGCAUCUUGGCCGUCAAUGGCAUGAGCAUGCGAGGCCUAACACAUCGUGAAUCGAUCAGCGUGCUCAAGACACCUCGUCCGGAAGUCGUCGUCGUGGCCACGCGCUCCGAAUCGCUGAUCAUCAAGCCCCUGAAUAAGAAGCGCUCCUCGCUGGGCUCGCUCAGCUCACUGAAUGAGAAGCCGACUGAGCUGGACUACGAGCGCAAACGCAACUACCACAAGGCGUCGCGAUCGCUCGAUCUGGAUCUGGACAUCGUGUCCAAUGAGGGUGGCGCCAGCACCGUGCCCAGCACACCGAGCACGCCCAGCACGGGCACGAGCAGUCCGCAGCAGCCGGCCAGCCUGCUGGACGAGGCGAGCAGCAACGAUGCUGAGCUGACCAUUGCGGGCAUUCGGGCAAGGCGUCAGCUCUCCCGCGGAGAUGCAGCCAAGCUGAGCACCAGUGAGCUGCUGGAGCGUGCAGCGGAGGCGCGUAAUGCCAUUGCCGCGGAGAUACGUGCGCAGGCUGAAGACGUGGCGUCUGGCGCUGGUGCGCGUUGCGUGGAAAUCAUCAAGGAUAGCUGUGGACUGGGCUUCUCCAUUGAGGGUGGCUUCGACUCGCCGCUGGGCAAUCGUCCGUUGAUUGUCAAGAAGGUGUUCAUGGGUGGUGCCGCCCAGAAGACCAAUCAGGUGCGCAACGGCGACGAGAUCCUUAGCAUUAAUGGUGCCUCAACGGCGAGAAUGACGCGCGUCGAUGCCUGGAACUAUAUGAAGCAGCUGCCGCUGGGUCCGGUCAAAAUAACAUUGGCCUAGACUCUAUAUACGCCAAUAGCUUGAUAAGGAUAAUGCGCCACAAUUUUUUAGUUUUAAGCGAGAGCGAAGAGAAAGAGCAGGCCAGCUGCGACGUUUUGUUUCUGCAUUUAGAGAACGAUCUAUAUAAAUGUAAUCGUAAUCAUAUAUACAUCUAUACAUCUAUAUAUAUAUUUAAAUAAUUUAAAGUGCAAUUGAUUUAACUUUUCUAAUUGGAAUUGAGGCUGCGUCCUCUAUUAAACAUAUAUAUAUAUACACUUAUAUUUUAUAUAUCCUUUGAUUGUACAUAACUAUCUUAACUAAUUUACGUAUUUAAUUCUCUCAAACGAUACAAAGAAAUGGAAAUUUUUGUAACAGUGGUAUUUUCUUUUACAUAUUAUUGGUUUACACAUGAUUUCUGAGUGCACGCAAAAA